AUGCCCCGCUCCAUGCUUGUCCGUCUCCACCACCAUUGGCCACCACCACACACACUGACACACACACACGCCCAUCACCCCUCCCCCGCCAAAUGCGACGACGUUGUUCUCCCCAAGUCCGAUCGAUUGCGGUGGUUGCUGUUGGAAUCCGUGUCUGAUGACAUGGGGGGCAGAUCUGCCGAGAGAUUGAUUCCAUCAUCAUCUCAGAUGCUGUCAUCUGUGAGUAAGCAGCACCAUCAUCAUCACCGACUCGACGUGCUGCUGAUCCGUUGUCCAUCUGGCUCCAUCUUGGACACAUGUCUUCGACUCGAGAUCCACCCAAAAGCCCAUCGUUGCCCUGAACGAACAACCUCAUUACUCAUCGCGGACCCGCUGCAGCAGCGUAGCCCAGCCUAGCACCGAAACAGGCCUUGCUCCCUCCCACUUCGGCCUCCUUUAGAGCGAGGCCACUCGCAACACGAGAUGCAGUUGCCCUCAACAUCUUUCUCUCACAGUAACCCGCUUCCCCUGUUCUGCAGAGCACAGAUUGCUGCGGGCAGCCGUACAGCAGCCAUGCACCGUGGCAUGAUCUUUCGACUUCUCUCCAAAUCAUUGGAGCCAUCGUUACCGCUCGGAUGUCUGUCCGCUUCUGUAGCCUAAGCUUGGUGGGGUGCAAACCCUGGUGUUCCCUGUCCAUCCCCACGUAUCCGCCCGACUUUGUUCGGCUUGUCCCUUCGACCGUCUGAGACGGGUACCAGACCAACCCUUCCUGCGAGACAUCCGAUCCGCCCUCCAUUGGCCCAUGCUUCUCCAACUCCCUCUGCUGAUAUCGCGGGCUACUGUCUUUAGGGCAAUGCGGGGAAAGCUUCCAUCUCGCUAUCCCCCGUGGCGUGACACCGCACC